GACACGCGGUACGAGCGAGCGCUCGCUCGCUCUCUCGCUCGUCCGCUCGCUCGUUCUUCGCCUAUGCGCGAGGCGAGCGAGAAGUACGCGCGGGACGUGUCUUCGCCUCAUCAGUCGAUCGCGGUGCGAGCACUCGGUGUGCUACGCUCAGGUGUGCACCGUCCGAAGCAAAAAAGCCCGACCUCCAGGCCAGGCCGCGAAAAAACGCUCGAACGACGAUAAUAGCCGAGUGAUCAUUAAUAACAAUUGAAAGCAACGACUCGUGACAACUCGUAACUCGUAACGACGCCGAGCUCCUUGUGCCUUGUGUGAGGUGUGAAAUAACUGGCGAGGCGAGACGUCACGAUGAAAAUGCGAUCGCGUCUCGGCGCGUCUCGGCCCGACAGCCGCCCGUCGCCGCUGCGUCCUCGCGGCGUGGAAAUCCUCGUUUUCGCGCUCGUCUGCACCGAAUUCAUCGUGGGACAAAACAGCGCGCAGCAUCACGGCGAUCCCGAUCGCAUAGUCUUUCCCGGACCGGUCAGCUCGAGAUCGGGGGACAGAGCUCUCGAUAACAAGCCCACCGGGGGUUCCGUGGAUGACAGCGAUUCGCCGAUACCGGUCGAUUUAGCAAAUAGAUUAAAUUUAAUAGACUCAUUGGAGGAAUUUAUGCAGCUCAUUCACGGUGUUCCUGAGAACGAAAAGGGUAUUACGUUUGCCAAUAGAUUCGGAGGCGAGGAACGAUCGAGCGCGGUGAUGCCGACGCCGGCCAAAUGCAUACCCGAACUGCAACUCGUUCCCCUAAAACUGGAUGACGAUCCUUCGACGUUCGUCUUCCCAGUCUGCACACGGAUCAAAAGAUGCGGAGGCUGUUGCAUUAGUCCUUUGCUCUCGUGUCAGCCAACAGCCGUCGAGAUGAGAAACUUCGAGGUGAUUGUGACGUCGCUGCACGAUAUGGACUAUCGAGGACGGCGAAUUGUACCGUUGGAGGAACACACUAAGUGCAAGUGCGACUGCACGAUCAAAGAGGAGCACUGUAACGACAAGCAGUAUUACGAGGCACACAAUUGUAAAUGCGCCUGCAAGAAUGUCGACGAGGAGGAGAAAUGUCGCAAGAGCAACGAUACGAAGAUUUGGAAUUCGCAGCUCUGCAUCUGUUCCUGCAGGAUCAUCGAGCCAUGCAGUACCGGUUACUUCUUCAAUCCCAAUACGUGCAGAUGUGGACCAAUAAUGUUGUCUAGACCGCUAAACAGAUUCGCACCCACGAAUUACAAUUUCACUAAUCAUCGGCAGGAAAACAGGCAGAUAAUCCCUCUGGACCCGUUCGAUCCCAGAAGAAAACACAAGGAGGAUCCCGAAUAUAAGUGACAACUUAGACGAAUACGUGACAGAUUACAAGACUGCUAAAACGCAUUCACAGUUACUUUGUUAUAUUCUUUGUUACAUAGGAGACUUUUCACUAAUGUCAGUAGUUUGGGAACUAGAAGAACAAAUAAUUUAUCCUUCACAACAUGAUUUUAUCACAAAAUACGUCUUAAUAUACAAAUUUGCAUCUUGUGCUGAAACACAUUUCCAUUUUCAAUAAGAAAUGAUACUGAUCUGACAAAAUACGUUAUAAAUUUUGCAACUUUUCUAAGUAUUUAAACGUUAGCACGUUUGCAACGUAUAUGGUGAUAAUAUCAUUUUUGUGAUUUGGUAGUGAAAAAGAUAUCACAUUUUGAAUAUUUAUAAUUCCACAUCCAAAUCACAGAAUGGCGUGAGCUUUUUUAGUUCCCAGCUGUUUCCCUGUUAAACUAUGUUACUGUCGAAUAAAGAUCAAAAGACAAUGUGAUAUAAUGAGGAAAUGACCGUCACAAAAUCUUGUCAAUGUUAUUUAUAUCAUAAAGUUACUUUUUUGUAUUUAUUGUCACAUUAAGUUAGGCAAACCACUCAUUAUUUACCUAUUUAUCACACAUGACAUACGUAACAAUAAAUUCAUAAUGUGGCGCAUGCAGAUUUAUCAAUUCACAUAUAUUCGUUAAUUAGUGUUUACAUCUAAGUCAUAUUAUAAUACAAAAUAUUAAUUAUGAUACAAUCAAACAAA